AUGGAGGCUGACUUAUUCGAGGCAAUCCCGCUCGCCGUCUCCUACCCUCCCGAAGGCCGAGUCAACUUCCCCGCGAACCGCAGCACCGCAGCCAACCGUCCUUUCGGGGAAGAAGCGCCGUCAUUCGUUCCUGAUCAAGCCGCUGGGACUUACCCUCCGAAUGUCGAGGCACGGGAUUUUCAACCUGAAGCCGGCAGCAGCGCCGGCCAUUCUCGCCGGCGGCCGGUAGUCUGGCCGGUGUGCUCGGGACCCAGCACGAAGCCGACGGUGAUCACUUUCCGAAAUGCGACGGACACUGCCGUGCAACCGUACUGGGUCGACUACGACGGGAAGGAGGUCCCGUACGAGUGUCUGCAGCCGGGCCGCGUGUACAGGCAGCGGUCGUUCGUGCAGCACCCGUGGGUGUUUCGCGACAAGGCGACGCACGAGCCGUUCGUCGUCGGCAAGCGAGCUUUGGCUUUCCCGCAGGAUUCGUCACGGAGCGAGAUGAUUAUCAAGCGUCCGGAGUUGCUUCCGUGGACAACGCAAACGCACUAUCGGUUCCCGAUGGAGUUCAGAGGUUGCGUGGCUACGUUGCUCCUCUGCUGCAAUAGAUUAACGAAGCAACAGCACGCGGAGAACCUGCCUGUGAGGCGGAAACGGUCUCCAGCCGCUUCCCCGCUCGGAGAUCUCCUUGCGGGAUUACCAUCGGAUGUGCUGCUUGUGAUUAUAGCGAGAGCCGCGCCAGUGCAACCAGAUAUCGAGGGUGUGUGCUGCUACUAG